AUGGGGAAAGGCCUUUUCCUCAGCAAAAUAGUGGCAGCGGCCUGUGUGGUCGCAGCCAUUGGUGCUGCGGCCACCAUCAUAGCCCUGUCUGUGGUUUAUGCUCAGGAGAAGUCGAAGAAUGAAAUGACGCCGCAAUCCACCGCCAGCCCGACCACCAGCCCCACCACGCCGUCCACCCCGAAGGAGCCCUGGCAGCGGUACAGACUCCCAAAAUCUCUCGCUCCCAUCGCCUACAAUGUCACCCUGUGGCCCCGGCUGGAGCGCAAUACAGAUAAACUAUUCGUCUUCACUGGACACUCCACGGUGGUGUUCAGAUGUGUGACGGAGACCGACCUCCUCCUCAUACACUCGAACAAGCUGAACCUCAGCUCCUUUGAGGGGUACCAUGCCAAGCUCAGGGGCCUCAGUGGAGAGGCUGCUCCCGGCCUGAAAGCCACCUGGCUGGAGAGCCCCACCCAGUACCUGGUGGUUCAGCUCAGCAGUCCGCUGCAGGCCGGCAGCACGUACGAGCUCUUCACAGAGUUCGUUGGAGAGCUGACCGACGACCUCGGAGGAUUCUACAGGAGUGAAUACAUAGAGGAUGGGGUGACAAAAGUUGUGGCCACAACUCAAAUGCAGCCGACAGAUGCCAGGAAAGCCUUCCCCUGCUUCGAUGAGCCCGCGAUGAAAGCCAUCUUCCACAUGACCCUCAUUCAUCCACACGGGACCGUGGCUCUGUCCAACUCCAUGAACUACGACCCUGUUAACAUCACUAUAAAUGGACACAAUCUGAUCCAGACAACCUUCGAGCCCACGGAGAUUAUGUCAACCUACUUGCUGGCUUUCGUUGUGUCUGAUUUCACAUUCAUUUCGACGCCACCGAAUGCAGAUAUUUUGAUCAGGAUCUGGGCUCGCAAGAAGGCUAUAGAAGAGGGCCAGGGGGCCUAUGCCCUGGAGAAGACUGGGCCCAUACUGGCAUUCUUUGAGAACUACUAUAACUCUUCUUAUCCCCUGACCAAGUCAGACCAGAUCGCCCUUCCUGACUUCAGUGCUGGAGCCAUGGAGAACUGGGGCCUGAUCACCUACAGAGAAACCGCCCUCUUAUAUAACCCUGCCGUGUCAUCCAAUGGAGACAAGGAGUGGGUGGCAACAGUCAUCUCCCACGAGCUCGCUCAUAUGUGGUUUGGGAACUUGGUGACCACCCGGUGGUGGAAUGACCUGUGGCUCAACGAGGGGUUUGCCACCUACGUCUCUUAUCUUGGAGCCGACUUUGCUGAGCCAAAGUGGAAUAUGAAAGAUUUAAUAGUUCUGAAUCAGAUCAUUGGUGUGAUGUCUGUGGAUGCCUUGGCCUCGUCCCACCCCCUCUCUUCCAAAGAGGAGGACGUCCUGACACCAGAGCACAUCAGCGAACUGUUUGACUCCAUCACAUACAGCAAGGGUGCUGCGGUCCUCAGGAUGCUCUCAGAGUUUAUCACUGAAACCGUCUUUUCUAAAGGACUCCAUACAUACUUGGAGGAGUUCAAGUACAAUAACACAGGCUACACAGACCUCUGGAAGCACCUGCAAAUGGCAGUGGAGAAAGCCAACAUAACGCUGCCCCACUCCAUCGAGGUUAUAAUGAACCGGUGGAUCCUUCAGAUGGGGUUCCCGGUGGUCACCAUCAACACCCAGACUGGAGAAAUUAACCAGAAACACUUCUUGUUGGACUCAGAGUCUGUGGUGGACAGACCCUCCGAGUUCAACUAUGAAUGGUUUGUCCCAAUCACCUGGAUCAAGACCGGUGGAGACGAGCAGCAGUACUGGCUUCUUAAAAAAGAGGCUACAAACACAAACAUGACCCUUGGUGCUAAUGAUUGGCUGGUGGCCAACAUAGACACAAAGGGCUUCUACCGAGUUAACUACGACUCAGACAACUGGGAGCGUCUCCUCGCCAAGCUGAGCUCCCGACAUCUGGACAUCCCAGUGAUCAACCGAGCUCAACUCAUCGAUGAUGCUUUCAACCUCGCCAGGGCUAAGAUGGUGAAUACAACUCUGGCUCUGAGGACGACCAAGUUCCUCGAUAAAGAGGUUGAAUACAUGCCCUGGGAGACAGCCAGGCGCAACUUGAACUACUUCUACCUGAUGUUUGACCGCAGCGAAGUGUACGGGCCCAUGCAGGCUUACUGGAACAAACAGGUCACCCCUCUGUUUAACCACUUCCAAAACAUCACUGGCAACUGGACAAAUAUCCCAGAAAAGCACACCGACCAGUACAACCAGGUCAAUGCAAUCUCCAUGGCCUGCAGCACUGGAGUGAAAGGCUGUGAGGAGCUGACCACCGGCUGGUUCAAAGAGUGGCAGGACAACCCCCAUAUCAACAAGAUUAGUCCCAACCUGAGGUACACUGUGUACUGCAGUGCGAUCGCAGCGGGAGGGGUGAAGGAGUGGAACUUUGCUUGGUCCAUGUUCAAGAACGCCACCAUCGCUACGGAGGCUGAUAAGCUCAUGUCCGCGCUGUCCUGUACCAAAGAGCCCUGGCUGCUGAACAGGUAUCUGGAUUAUUGUCUGAUCCCGGGCAAUAUCCGUAAACAGGACGCCACCUCCGCCAUCAUUUCCAUUGCUCGCAACCCCAUCGGUCAACCUCUGGCAUGGGCCUUUGUCAGAGCCAAAUGGGACUAUAUAUUCAAUAAUUAUGGUGGUCGAUCAUUUUCCUUUGGAGGACUUAUUAGCGGACUGACCCAACGUUUCUCUUCUGAGUUUGAGUACAAGCAGUUGCUGCAGUUCAAAGAAGACAACGCCGGGCAGCUUGGCUCGGCCACCACGUCUCUCGAGCAGGCGCUGGAGAGAACCAAGGCCAACAAGAACUGGAUGGCCGUGAACAAGCAGCAGGUGUUUGAUUGGUUCAAAAGUGAGGCCCCAACAAAUUAACACAAAUGAAAAUUGUCUUACCGCCUCAAACCAAAUGUGUUAUUAUAAAUAUCCUUCAUGUGAUGUUUUUUUAUCUUUAUUUUUAAAUAUCUAAAGUUUUGACUGCAUUUUUAUGGAUAUUUGAUACAAAAUUAAAAUAUGUUUUAAUACUGUAGAUACUGUACAAAUUCAAAAGGUUUUGAACAGAUGUCAAGACGUAAUAUUCUCUGCAUCCCCAUAUUUUUUGCAUUUAAUGUUGAUGCCAGUGUUUUUAAUCAAAUCCACCUAUUUUGAAUAAAAGCCACCUCGAUCUACAAA